AUCGUUCGUCUCUUCGAACAGUGUAUUCGUGACGAUAGAGAGCGAAAUAAAUCAUCAUGACUGGCCGUGGUAAGGGAGGAAAAGGAUUGGGAAAAGGAGGAGCGAAGCGACAUCGUAAAGUACUUCGCGAUAACAUCCAGGGUAUUACCAAGCCAGCCAUCCGUCGUCUAGCACGUCGUGGCGGAGUCAAACGUAUCUCCGGAUUAAUUUAUGAGGAGACACGUGGUGUACUGAAGGUCUUCUUAGAAAACGUUAUUCGUGACGCGGUAACCUACACCGAGCACGCGAAGAGAAAAACUGUGACUGCCAUGGACGUCGUCUAUGCCCUGAAGCGCCAAGGAAGAACUCUCUACGGCUUCGGUGGUUAAAUGUAGACAACUUUUUAUCUUCAUACAAUCGGCCCUUUUCAGGGCCACAAAUUUUAAACUUAGGAUUUCUCUCAUUGUAGCAAUUGCUCUUAGGUUAUUUCUUAUGAUACAAAAACUGGAGUUCCAAAUAAUACGAGAUCAGAAAUAAGUACAGAUGUAAAGCAUUGAAACGAUCUUUAUAAUAGAAUUCAA